ACCUCCUAAAUUUCAUCAUCCAACUACUAACUAGUUCCCCACACCGAAAAAAUGAAUUUUUCCAAAUGGGUUUCCAUAAUCUUGAUCAUUUCCAUUCUUAAACCUCAAAUCUCAAGUGGGGUUUCCGAGAUUUCGCAACAGUUUCUUGAAUUUGCGAAGAAUGAUGAAGUAUUUGAGUGGAUGGUGGGGAUUAGGAGAAAGUUACACGAGAAUCCUGAACUGGGUUAUCAAGAGUUUGAAACCAGUAAGAUAAUAAGACAAGAAUUGGAUAAAUUGGGGAUUCCUUACAAACACCCGGUUGCAGUUACCGGUGUUGUUGGGUUCAUCGGCUCCGGUAAGCCUCCGUUUGUUGCUUUAAGAGCAGAUAUGGAUGCUCUUCCAUUGCAGGAAAUGGUGGAAUGGGAACACAAGAGUAAAGUUGGCGGAAAAAUGCAUGCGUGUGGUCAUGAUGGUCAUGUCACCAUGCUUCUUGGUGCUGCCAAGAUUCUCAAACUUCAUACUCAUCUUCUCAAGGGAACGGUGGUGCUGGUUUUUCAACCGGCGGAGGAAGGUGGCGGCGGUGCAAAAGUGGUGGUAGAUAGCGGAUAUCUUGAGAAUGUGAAAGCCAUAUUCGGUUUACAUGUUUCUCCAGAACGACCUCUCGGUCAAGUAUACUCUCGGUCGGGUACCUUAAUGGCGGGUAGUGGUUUUUUUGAAGCGGUCAUAACCGGAAAAGGAGGUCACGCUGCCAUUCCACAGCACUCAAUCGACCCUAUUUUAGCAGCCUCAAACGUUGUUGUCAGUUUACAGCAUCUUGUUUCAAGAGAAGCCGAUCCUCUUGAUUCUCAGGUUGUUACAGUUGCCAAGUUUCAAGGUGGUGGUGCGUUUAACGUUAUUCCAGAUGCUGUCACCAUUGGUGGAACCUUCAGAGCUUUCUCUAAAGAAAGUUUCAUGCAACUCAAGCAACGAAUAGAAGAGGUUGUUGUAGGUCAAGCAACCGUGCAUAGAUGUAACGCAACUGUCGAAUUUUCUUCGAAAGAUAAACCAUUCUACCCGGUCACCAUAAACGACGCGGGCUUGCAUAAAUUCUUCCAAAAAGUUGCAGGAAGUGUUCUUGGUCUCAAUAAUGUUAAAGAAAUGUCACCGUUUACGGGAGCAGAGGAUUUUUCGUUUUACCAAGAGGUUAUUCCUGGAUAUUUCUAUUUUAUUGGAAUGAAAAAUGAGAAAAAUGAAAAACACGAAUCGUUGCAUUCCCCGUUUUUCCAACUUAAUGAAGAGGUUCUUCCUUAUGGGGCUGCAAUGCAUGCGUCUCUGGCUGCAACAUACUUGCUUGAAAGUCAAAGUCAAGGUCAAGGUCAUAAGGAUGAACUGUGAAGUGUUUUCUUCGAGUUUCACUGUUAUAACGCUUCUGGUAACGAGACUAUUUUAGAGUUGUAAACAAAUAAUGUUGUUUGGAGAGAUGUGUGUUCUUGGCUUCUUUUUUAUUAGACUAAUGCAAUUUGGAGAAUGAGUACUUUUUUCUCUAUAAAUUCGAAUGUUUUGAUCAAC